UAUCUCGCGGAUUCCGCUCUCCGUCCGAUUCCGCAAAGAUCCACCGAAAAAAGUCUACAUGACGCAUGCCGUACGUUGUCUAAUCAGUCAUCGGUAGUUCCAAGCAUGUUUCCACGGACUAGCUCCAUCGGCAACCCCACACAUUCUCGCACUCAGCAAGAAUCAGGCAAGCGAUGGCAAUGGUCUAGACAAGAGAGAAUACGCGCAAGUGGAUACCGUGGCAAUCUUAGCUGCAAGCCGCGAGCAAACCAAGGCCGGACAAUAGACACAAGAGGUACGCACAUACAUAAAUCGGUACGACUGUACCAUGUAUAUACUACACACCUUGUAGAUACAGGACAGGUUAGCGAAGGUCCCCCUACAGCGACAGGAAGGAUAAACAACCCAUCCCGGUCCCCCUGUCUCGGCCAUGUUUCCUCCGAUCGUCACCGAUCAAGGGUCCCUCCCUCCCCCCUUCUUCAUGCAUGGUUUUCAGACUUUAGAGACAAUGGAUGCCGUGCCUCGCGGCUGAACCAUCUAAUGAAUCACGAUGCACUGCGAGACGCAUCAUCCUACGCGGUGGAGACGUUUUGGCAGGCAUUUUCGGUACAUCCUACGUCGGUCGUUCGUGGCAGAUAGACAUGUAACAUAGCAUGUGCAUGGCAUGUACAUACCCCACCAUGACCCCCUCCAUCCCCACCAUCUCAUCUACGCAAAUCAACCAUGACGCAGUGUGGGAUGUUUUUUUGCCUGCCGUUUCUCCAGGGUAGACGGAGACUCUCGUCAAGAUUCACUGACUGCUCCUGUUCGUUCGUUCGUUCGUUCCCAAGACUUCAGAAUUGGCAAAAAGUGUGCUGACCACCGAUAACGACACCGCGGCAAAAACAGCGCCUUGGUUUCCGCAAUGGUCGCGGAUCUCGUAACUGCAGACAUGGAUCACGGAAAAGACUUGAACGCAAAAGGGCCGGUUCGAAUUCGUCUUUUUGCGCAUGGUCCCAUGUAAUGC